GAAUGUUUUUAGUGUUCCUCGUGACUAGUCUGUUAUUAAAUCCCUCAGAAUCCCUUCCAAAAUCUGGUAACGACACUGUUACACCUGUAAUCUUGGUACCAGGUAUUUGUGGGAGUCAGAUAGAUGGAUGGUAUGUGAAGGACAGUGCCCCACAUUACUACUGCACCAAGGACAGUGGGGGUUGGACUCUUCUGUGGCUUUGUAUCGACUGCAUGCUCCCUCCUACGAUAAGUUGCUGGACAGACACGUUUCGGUUAGACAUAUCUGACGUGAGUGACAUAAAAAACAGGGCUGGCGUGCAGACAAAAGUAAAUGAUUUUGGUUACACUGACGGCAUAGGAUAUUUGGACGAGCACCAGUUCGUAGUCCAGUUUGAGAAGCUGAUAAUUGGUAUAGAGAAACUACCAGGUUACACACGUGGCAUCAGUAUCAGGGGGGCUCCGUAUGAUUUCAGAUACACGCCCAACACAAAGGUAGGACAGGAGUACUUUAUAAAACUCAGAUACCUGGUGGAAGAGACGUAUGAACUGAACGGGAACACACCGGUUAUGUUGGUGGCUCACAGUAUGGGUAAUCCUUAUAUCGUCAACUUCCUUACUAAGCAGGAUCAGGCGUGGAAGGACAAGUUUAUAGACGGUUACGUGUCAUUAGCUGGCGUGUUCGGGGGAGCUUCCAAAGCUAUCAGAUCUAUCAUAUCAGGAGAGACAGAAGGAAUGCCCCAGAUAUUUGUUGAUCCCCUGACCAUGAGAGAAUUUGAGAGGACUUCACCCUCAGUAUUCUGGCUGAUGCCGUCACCUGACCUGUUCGGGGACACUCCUCUUCUAUACGCUGACGGCAGGAACUACACUGCUCAUGAUUACCACGAUCUACUCUUGGAAAGUAAAGUCCCAAAAGGGGACGAGCUGUAUGACUUGGUGAAGGACCUACCUCUGUUUGUGGAGGAUAUUGGGGUGGAUGUUCACUGUAUUCACGGCAAGGAUCAAUCUACUCCUCUCCAUUUCAGGUACGGGGAUGACUCUGAGUUCCCUGACACCCAGCCGAUUACAGUAAACGGAGACGGGGACGGAACAGUCAAUCUCCGCUCCCUGGAGCUCUGUAAGAAGUUCAAGAGACUGAAGAGUUACAAAACGGUGACGGGAUUCCUGGCUACGCAUCUGGAGAUACUGCAGAGAAAGGACGUGAUCCAGUUCAUUGGUGAUCUACUGACGAAGACGAAUAGUGAGAGAAGGGGAGAGGAAGACAGAGAGGACGAUAAGACUUUAGUGUUUUGAGGAUUACGUUGGGGUUGGUGAGGUUUUAGGGAUUUGUUUAUUUGUAAAGGAUUAAUGGACUGCUCAUUUUGAUAAGCAAUAAUAAAAUCAUAGAUAAAGGUUAUUGGAGAUCCUCCAGGGUGCAUAGUAUUAAACUAUCUGUGAUGAAGUUCUGCUAAUGUGUUUGAUUAAUAUUUGAGAUAUUUUGUAAAUUUUGUUGAUGAUCCGUUUGAAGAAGAUUUGUUUUCUAAAUUAUUUAUUUUUGUUUUUCAGAAAUUUGUUUGAUAUAAGUAGUUUUGAUGAUUACAUGAUUUUUUUGAAACUUAGAUUAUCCCCCUUGUCGCGUCGUAAGCUGAGCAAAUUCCAAAACUUAUUGUGACCUUUUAGUCGGUUGAGUGGCCGAUCGGUGACGAUAAAGCAAUAGUUUGGGAUUGCACUGCAACUGGAAUAAAUCGUUCUAGAUACUGAAAAUUUUUGUUAGAUUUGUACGUUUUGCUGUUCUGAUAUUCGGUAGAAACUUAAAAUUGUUAGGCGCUUUUGCUGAGGAUUCUUAUCACAUGAUUAAGUGUCAAAUAUCUGUAGCCAGUGUUAUACUGUGUAUUCUAGGUCUUAUACAAGUACCAAAACAGUUAAUGUUAAGUAAAAGGUUGGAACUAAUUUAUUGCUAUUCAGCUAUUUUUCACAGUUCAUAGUUAAACAGUUUGAUAAUUUUUGUAGAGAAUCUUAUACUUUUCAUACCUACUUUUAGAUAAUCUGAUAAUUACAGUUCCUAUUUUUAUGCAGAAAUUAAAAUAACUGUAUUUCA